AUGGCCUCAAUAACAGAAGCCUCCCUCCGCGAGGCCAUCACCCAGCGCCUCGGCGCAAUCCACGUCGAAGUCACCGACAUGUCCGGUGGUUGCGGGCAAGCAUUUACCUCUCUGAUCGUCUCCCCUCAGUUCCAGGACCUCAAGUCCCUUAAGCGGCACCGCCUCGUCAACACAGCGCUCAAGGACGAAAUCGCCGCCAUCCACGCUUGGACGGCGAAGUGCCAGACGCCGCAGGAGUGGGAGAAGGAGAAGGAUACUGCUGCGCCGUCGCUGGAUGUUCAAUAUACCAAGGGGAAUAUCGAGGAUGUCGCGGGAAUCGACCUGGCUGUGGAAACGAAGAUGUGCGCCGAGAUAUACAUCAUCGAGCAAGACGACGCCAAGGGAAGAUGA